UGAGAGUAGCUAGUAUUUUAUCGUACCGUUCAUUGACCGCUGAUUUUGUAAAUUAGAGGAUAAUUUUAAGAUGAUUUGUUGUCGAAUAUUUCAAAUAUUUAAAAGAUAUGUCCGCGCGAACAGGUUUUAAGCAGUUCUAGAAAUCUUAUUUUUGAAAGUACCCAGGGAUUACUUUAAGAAAAAUUACGAAUUCUUUCAUAACCUUCUAGAUGCUGGUCCGUUACUUUUGCAUAUUAUAAUAAGUAGGAGAAAUUAAAAACAAUGACGUCGAUUAUAAAACUUCAUGCUGUUUCUGGUGCUAUGGACGAGUCUCCCCCUUGUUACAUAUUACAAGUUGAUGAAUUAAGAAUCCUACUUGAUUGCGGAUGGGACGAGAAUUUUGACCAAGAAUUUAUAAAGGAAUUGAAACGACAUGUUCAUCAGAUAGAUGCAGUACUGCUAUCAUAUCCAGAUCCAUUGCAUUUAGGUGCUUUACCAUAUUUAGUUGGGAAAUGUGGUCUAAAUUGUCCUAUAUAUGCUACGAUUCCUGUGUAUAAAAUGGGACAAAUGUUUAUGUAUGAUAUGUAUCAGUCUCGUCACAAUAUGGAAGAUUUUGAUCUUUUUACAUUGGACGAUGUAGAUGCAGCCUUUGAUAAAAUUGUUCAAUUAAAAUAUAAUCAAAGUAUAUCAAUGAAAGGAAAAGGAUAUGGAGUUACAUUGACACCACUACCAGCUGGUCACAUGAUUGGAGGAACUAUUUGGAAAAUUGUAAAAAUUGGAGAAGAAGAUAUAAUAUAUGCUGUAGAUUUCAAUCACAAAAAAGAAAGGCACUUGAAUGGCUGUGAAUUAGAGAGGUUGCAGAGACCAUCGUUAUUGAUAACAGAUGCUUUUAAUGCUACAUAUCAGCAAGCUAGGCGUAGAACCAGGGAUGAAAAGCUGAUGACAAACAUUUUGCAAACUCUACGAGGUGGAGGAAAUGUUUUAGUCAGUGUAGAUACAGCUGGCCGCGUAUUAGAAUUAGCACAUAUGUUGGAUCAACUCUGGCGUAAUAAAGAAUCUGGUUUACUUGCAUAUUCACUGGCUCUAUUAAAUAAUGUUAGUUACAAUGUUGUAGAAUUUGCAAAGUCACAGAUUGAAUGGAUGAGCGAUAAAUUGAUGAGAAGCUUUGAGGGAGCUCGAAAUAAUCCAUUCCAAUUCAAGCAUUUACAACUGUGUCACAGUAUGGCAGAAUUGAAUCAAGUUCCUAGCCCAAAGGUUGUACUUGCAAGCACUUCAGACAUGGAAUGUGGUUUCUCAAGAGAAUUGUUCUUACAAUGGUGUGGCAACUCUCAGAAUAGUAUUAUAUUAACUAGUAGAACUUCCCCAGGAACACUGGCAAGAGAUUUAGUUGAAAAAGGAGGUAACCGAAAUAUUACAUUGGAAGUGAGAAGAAGAAUUAGACUAGAGGGCCUUGAAUUGGAGGAAUACCAAAGAAAAGAAAAAUUGAAACAAGAACAAUUAAAGCAGGAACAAAUGGAAACCGCCGAUGUUAGUUCCGAAUCGGAAGAUGAAAUAGAAGUAGGAAGUGGAAGAGGAAAGCAUGAUUUAUUAGUAAAACAAGAAAGUAAACCUGGUUUCUUUAAGCAAAGUAAGAAGCAACAUCCCAUGUUUCCAUUCGUGGAAGAAAAAAUCAAGAUAGAUGAAUAUGGAGAAAUUAUAAGACCUGAAGAUUAUAAAAUCGCAGAAACCAUGCCAGAAAUAGAUGAUAAUAAAGAAAACCUAGAAACAAAACAAGAAGAUACUACACACCAUCCAGAGGUAGCUACCGAUAUUCCCACCAAAUGCAUUCAAGUUACCCGUACAAUGACAGUUAAUGCAUCUGUCACAUACAUAGACUUUGAAGGGAGAUCAGAUGGUGAAUCACUACAGAAAAUCCUAGCACAGUUAAGACCUCGGAGAGUUGUGUUAGUUCGGGGGGCUCCGAAGGAUACAGAAAUUCUGGCUCAACAAGCACAAAGUGCAGGAGCACGAGUAUUUGUUCCAGGCAGAGGAGAAACAUUGGAUGCAACCACAGAAACGCAUAUUUAUCAAGUCCGUUUGACUGAUGCUCUUGUGAGUGGUCUAAACUUCUCUAAAGGAAAGGGUGAUUCAGAGGUAGCGUGGAUUGAUGCAAUGAUAACUGCUCGAGAUCAAGUAUGUCGAGAUGCAGUUGCUGAUACACAACAAGAUGACACAAUAGAUCAAAAUGAUAAAAUACUUACUUUAGAACCAUUACCAUUAAACGAGGUACCCGGACAUCAAACAACGUUUAUAAACGAGUUAAAAUUAUCUGACUUUAAGCAAAUCUUAAAUAAAAGUAAUAUUCCUUCUGAGUUCAGUGGAGGAGUUUUGUGGUGUUGCAAUAAUUCUAUUGCCGUCAGAAGGCACGAGGCUGGCAAAGUAAUUUUAGAAGGCUGCCUAUCUGAAGAGUAUUAUAAAGUGCGCGAAUUAUUGUACGAACAAUAUGCAAUUGUAUAA